CAGGACAAUCUUAUAGAGUGCAGCACCAUCGCUAUGUUUAGAACGCUUGCAGUCGUCAAACAUAAAUGAAAAAGAAUUUUUAAGAUACACAAUGGAAGACAACGCAACCGACCCUCUGGACAUUACCAAAGACGAGGAAUUAAUCACAGACUCACAAAAAGACCUGUCAAAAACUGAUGUUUUGGUAUGUGGGGGCUGUCAUGAGGUGUUUCACUUCAUUGAAGAAUUUCAAGAUCAUAAAGCAGGAAAGUGCACAAAUGUGUCGGUGUUGAAAUGCGAGAACGAGGAGAAACCCCAAAUUUGGGGCUUCACAUUAUGGAAAAACAAACAGAUAAAAACGAUCAAAAGCCAAGAGGAGCAGGUGCCCACUUCGUGGGAAAUUUACCAAAAAUGGACAAAACUUGAACAACCGGAGAAAGAUAUGUGGAUUUCAGCUGGAAAAUCGUUGCUUUCUGUUACGAGAGUCGUCAAUGGUAAGCCACUUAGAGAGACCACAGUUGAAAAAGACCCCCUUGCUCUAGAUGAUGGAGUUGAGAAUGAGAAUCAAAAAACAGGUAUUAGGACGCUUCCAGAAAAAGACAAAGAAGAAUACAAUGUGGAAAAAAUUGUAGGAAAAAGAUUUAAUCCCAGGAAAAGAUAUUGGGAGUAUGAAGUCAAAUGGGAAAAUUAUUCAGAGUUAACGUGGGAGCCUUUGGCGCAUCUAGAAAACUGCAAAGUUUUGGUUCAGGAAUAUGAAGCUAAAUUAAAAGCUGAGAAAGAAAAGGAUAAACCCCCAGGGACUGGUAGGGGUAGAGGGAGACCACGCUUAAAUCCACAAUCUCCAUCAGCAGUAAAAAUUAUACAAAAGAAACCUCCUCCUCCUCCUGUUGAAGAAAUCAUCACAACACCUGGAGGCCGGCCGCAGCGUACGAGCAAACAGAAAGCUCUAAACCAAGUUAAAGCCUGGUGCGGAAAUAUAUCCGAUGAUGAAGGCGGCGUAAAACGACCCUAUGAUGAUGAUGCCGACAGCGACGACUCUUUUGAGAAAAAAAUCAGAAUUGAUAAUGAGUCUGAAGACACAGAAGAAGAUGAACCUAGAACUCCAGCUCGUAAAGUUGCCAAAAUUAUUCACACUUACAAUAAUGGAGUCGGCAAAAAGCUCCCCGAUAAUGUCUUAAUUCCUGACGCCAAAGGAGUCGUCCGAAUUAGUCAGAAACAAUUACCAUCACUUAGUUCCGGUGUUUACAUCAUGUCAAAAUCUUCUGGAAUUAUUAAACUGGAUCCAACCGCGUCGAAAAUUGCGACAAGUGGAGGACAAGCGAUUGUUAAAGUGAGUCCUAAGAUUGGACAAACCCAAAUCAGGAUUAUCAAAAAGGAGGAUGGCAGCAAACGGGUAGUGCAAGUAAAAGGACCAGAACAGCAACAGUCUCCUUUAGUCACUCCAAAACCUAGAAUUAUACAACACGUGAUCACUAAAACACCUGUGGUGCGAAAAGAGCCUGAAAAAAUUGUUAAAAAAGUCGAAACACCGAAAGCUAAACCCGUGGAAAAGAAAGAAGAAUCGAAAACUUCCCGACCUGAAGAGGAUAGUGACGAUGGUCUCCCGGAACUUGAAUUUCCCACCGAUUUACCCUUGCCUGAGCCCGAGAGUCCCCCCAGAGAGUUUACUUUAGACCCCACAACUGGGAAAGUGGCAGGAGUUGAUUACCCAGAGCUAGAACCCAAACCUGAGGUAAAGGAAGAAAAUGGAGAAAGUCCUUCCCAAACUAUCGACAACAUUGUCAAAUUAGCCGCCGCUGAUAUAACUGAAGAAGAUCUCAAAUCAGAUAUUGAACCAAUCAUCACUUCUGAAAAUACUCCUGAAACAAACACCACUCCUCUUGAAACUACCCCAACGACGACCACCAACACGGUCUAUUCCGUUGUAACGGAAGCUAAAACCGGCCAAUCAAUCCUCAUUCCGGCUAUAGCAAACACGAAUAUUCUCCAAAAGACACUACAAUCUCCCAGACCGAAAACCCAACCUCGAAUCAUCAACCAAUCCGUAGCUAAACCGCGUACAACCAUGAGCCCAGUGCAGACUUCUCGACCCGCACCCAUGCGCCCCAAAACUCCUCUUCCCAAACCUAAAUUCAACAUCGCCCCCAUGAAUCCAGCGAAACACGUCUAUUCUCCAAAAACCAACAACGUUGCGAAAAAAAUUGGCAACACGACUAUCUACAGGACGAAACCGGGCCCCGCCUCCCAACCAGUGGUGAAGAAAAGUCCGCCGAAGGUUAUAGCAAGUGCUCCCAAACAGGUGAUCAGUAUGCCGUCUUUGGACGAGGAACCUGCAGAAUCGCAACAGGAUCCAACAGUGGAUCCAGAUGGAUCGACUAUGACAUUUGCUGCGGCCGAUCGUCCGAUGUAUAUCACAGGGGAUGAUGGAACGGUUUACCAAGUGGCGGGUCAAAACGAGGAGGGGCAAACCAUUCUUGUGACGCAUGAUAGCGAGGGGCAACAGCAGUGUCUGUUGGUGACAGGGGAGGCCGUCCAAGAAGCAGCGGAGCAGCAGAUGGAGGCUACGACACAAAUGUUGAUGGAGCAUGACCCGGAGGAGCCCCUCGUGGUGCAGUUUAUGAGGGCCGAACCUCCAAGUCCAGGUGGAACGCACAAAGUGCUAGUGAAGUUACCCGAUGGUAAUGUGAUGAUGACGCAAGUCACACCAGAAGAAUACGCGUGCUUAGAGUUGGACAAAUAGAUUUUAGUUUUGUCGUUUAUUUCAAGGCAUCUUUGCUGUUUUAAGUCUUUAUUCUUCAUGUUCAAUGAGUUUGGUUUUGAAGCAUUUAUUGUAUUAUUUCAAAAGUUCAUUUCGUUUCGAGUGUAAAAUACUUGAAAUAUGUAAAUAUUUCGGUUAUGAUUUUUUCACGUAUAUAACAGUGAAAAUAUAGGAUUUUAGUAAAUA